AUGGUUUGGCAGCUGAAAGGUAGCCUCCAGCGGCUCUGGAGCCGAGGCAAGAAGACGGCUGGUAGUGAUCUGGAUGAUACUCUCGCAACCGCGGAAUUGGAAGUUCUGGAAGAAGGGUUCAUGUUUAGCGAGAUACCCACUAUCCAUUUGGGCCAUGACGAGGAAUCACUGCUACCGGCAUCCCCAUCCCUAUUGCUGGGAUCAAGCGUUGGAAUUGCCAUAUCGUCUUCCAAUUCGCCUACAGAUGAUGUCGAAGUACCAACCAAUCAUGCAACUCCCGUGGUCGCGACGCCAGUGGUUGCUUUGGACUUUGAUGAUGAGGAUUUUCCUCGUCCCCAAUCAGAGCUCGACGAAAGAGCAGCCUAUAUCUCGGUUACUGCCUUUGACUGCAACUGUGAUAAGAAGCGUCCUGUGGGAAUCAAAGUACGAUCUGUCAAGGGAAAACUGUUGAUCGUCGAUAUUCGAAAGAACUCUGUCUUUGCUCAAUCACCAAUUCGGGUUGGUGAUCAAAUAGCCGGCAUUAAUGGUAGAAGCUGCGAUCCGAUCAUCGAUGGAGGACAGGCCACGCGCAUUCUGGAUUACGUUAAAGGAACAGUGUCCAUUGUGGUUCACACCGAAGGCAAGGUUGGGUUGAUUGAAUGUAUGCUUAUCAAGCCUCGACCAGGGUGUGAAACAGGUUUGAAACUACGGUACAUACAACGCAAGCUACAGAUACUUCGUCUUGAUCCAGCAGGACCCUGGACGUUUUCCAUCCUCAAUGAAGGCAAUCACAUACUGGCAAUCAAUGGGAUGCCCUGUUCCCAGCUGGAUGGAGCCGCAGCCGAAGCACUCAUCGCUACCUCCGAAACCCAUGUCACUAUCCUCGCCAAGAGUGUCCAGGAGACCAACCUUGUCAUUGAAGAGUACAUGACACCAGGGUACAUGAAUCAUCGGUUCUUUCGAAGACCUGACAAGAACUUUCCCGAAAACAACCGACCAAAGUCAAGGUGCUCACUUGACUAUAUCGGCCCCUGCUUCAAUCGGGUAUGGUCUCCGGCCAAAGGUGCUCACAUUUUUGCUAACGUUUUUGUGGUGGGCAUGGCCUUAGUGGCAGGAAUCGGGUAUGACAUUGGGGCCGUUUCAACUCUGUGGCUUGUGCUGUUGGGACUGGUAGUGACAAAUCUCCCCUGGGUCGGGUGGAGGGAUCGAGCGGGAGCCUGGUGUUCGAUCGGUCAAAUCGUGGGGAGCGUAUUGGUCCUCUUUUCAUGCGCAGUGAUGUUGCCCAUCUUUUUUGGUUCCGAUCUGUAUGAUACGUUGGCGCGCAACAUUGGUAUUUCCAUCCCCAUGACUAUCAUUAUCAAUCUACCUAUGCAUUUCCAGGUGGAUUACAUUGAUAGGUACGACCUUGAUGCCGCAGGAGUCCAAGUCGCCCCGGUAACAACCAAUUCUGCUACGGGUACCACGCAGACUAAUACUGAGCGAGCGCAACCAAGAUCUAGAGGGAGCGGAAGAAACAGGAUUGCUUCUACUUCUGCGUCAGCACGUGCAAACGACGAGGGAAAUAACAGAGCUGCGAUUGCGACAAAUUCUUCCAAUUCCUCUUCUUCCGAGCAAUCGCAAGCACCCGUCGAGGAAAGCAACCGAGAUAUUGAAGCAAAUACAUCUGCCACGACGACUCCAUCUUCUGAGCAAUCGCAAGCACCCGCCGAGGAAAUCAACCGAGACGCCACGACGACUUCAACUACUUCACCGGCUACUGAGCAAACGCAAUCUACCGCAGGGGGAAGCAACGAAGACAUCGCGGCAUCUGCAUCGGCGGCACCAGACACGGCAACUUCCAGUAUGCCUGGGCUCGAGCAGACGCAAGCCAAUGCUGAGGAGAGCACAGUAGAUUCUGAGCAAAUAUCUUCAACUUCUACGAGGACUGCCGAGGAAACCCAACCAAUUGUGGAGGGAAGCAAUGGAAACACAAUCCAAGCUGCAGCAACGUCUAGUAGUACUCCGACUCUCGAGCAAACACAGCUCAAUACUGAGGCAAUUACCAACGGGGAGGACCAUCAUUAG